GCAGCAGCAGCAGGAUUAUGAUUUAUGAUCACCACACACAAUCACCAACUCAAACUCCAUUAUUAACAUCGCCAACCAGAGAGCUUUGUGUCGACACAAGUACCCUAGCUAGUGUAGAAGACAGGAAAAAAGAAAGCUUAGAAUUAGCCCUUUCCAAUUCAAUUAAUAGAAAGAAGCCCAGCCCUAGCCUCUCUCUCUCUCGCUCUGAAAUUGAAUGCAGCAGCAGCAGCAGCAGCAGCAGCAGCAAGCCCACAUUGAAUGCCCACGCGGUUUCGAAAGAGCAUUGGUCUCUCACACAGCUGACUUUGGCCUCCACUCCCCUCAUUAUGCAUCCCAUUUUUUGCUGUCAUUUUGACUCUCUUUUCUCUUCCUCUGCCACCUCCCACACCUUUUUUCCACUCUGUCUCUUUCCCCUUCCCCAUUUAUUAAUGUCAGCAUUUGGGCAAUGUGCUCCUCUAUAAAUGCACUUUCACCGUUUCCCCCUUCCUUUCCAACCCAACUCCCAAGUCACAAGUCACAGUACCCUUUAGAAUCCACCUGCCCAUCUCAGCAAUCAACCUCCUUUCUUUCUCCAAACAAGAAACAAAAAGAAGAGAAAGGUGAGGAAUCCAAUUACAAGGGAAGGAUCUGAUCUGCAGAAUGGGGAGACCACCAUGCUGUGACAAGGGUGGGGUGAAGAAAGGUCCAUGGACUCCUGAAGAGGACAUCCUCCUCGUCUCCUACGUUCAGGAGCACGGCCCUGGCAACUGGAGAGCCGUCCCCACCCACACUGGUACUUUUUUUUUUUUUGCCAUACUCAUUGCUGAUUUCUGUGUAAUGAACCAUAAAAGUUGGUCACUAAAGAAACCAACCGGUUGCAAUGGAUACCGCUUUCUGAAGACUAAUGGGUUCAAUGGGUUUCCAUCAAUAUUUUGCAGGGCUGCUGAGAUGCAGCAAAAGCUGCCGGCUUCGAUGGACUAAUUACCUCCGUCCAGGGAUCAAGCGCGGCAACUUCACUGAUCAUGAAGAGAAGAUGAUCAUCCAUCUCCAAGCCCUUCUGGGAAACAGAUGGGCAGCCAUAGCUUCGUACCUCCCGGAGCGAACGGACAACGACAUCAAGAACUACUGGAACACCCACCUCAAGAAGAAGCUCACGAUGACGAACAAUAGCGAUUCCUCUUCUCCGUCUCCUUCCUCGUCGGCUAAUUCAUCGAUCUCAUCUUCCACCAGGAAAUCUACGAAACCCUCGAGAGGCCAAUGGGAAAGAAGGCUUCAAUCCGACAUCCAAACCGCCCGCCGCGCCCUCUCCCACGCCAUUUCUCCCUCCUCCUCCGUACAUCUCAACCACGGCGGCGGCGGUGCCGGCUCGACAUACGCGUCCAGCGCCGACAACAUCGCUAGGCUGCUUAAAGACUGGAUGAAGAACAAGCCUACUAGUAGCAGCGCCGGGAGUAAGGUUUGCGAUUCCCAGAGUUCACCCAGCUGCAACGACUCGGCCGAGUCAAUUCCCAUUGGUGGUGGUGGGGAAUCGGUGGCCGUCGAGUUACCGGGUCGCUCAUUCAAUGCUCUGCUCGGGUUCGGGUUCGGGUCGGGCGACGGGGCUUCGAACUGUUCGGAUCUUUCCCACAGCGGGUCUCCUGUGGCUACUACAAAGAGGAUGUUUAAGGCCGAAGAAGGGUGCGAGGAUGUGUCUCAUCCCGACGAGGCUAGCUUGUCGUUGCUCGAGAAAUGGCUACUCGAAGAAGGGAGUUUGACCGGCGCCGUUGGGAAGCACGAUUUUUUUACUGCGGUGCUCGAGUAAAAACAAUUAAUUCUACUUUUUUUUUUUUUUUUACUGGCAGCUAAGUGAUGGGAAUUGACUAAACAUUCGUUGAUUAUCAUUUUUUCUCUUUUAUUUACAAUAUUGCUCCAGAAUGUACUGAUGAGCUUGGAAAUAAUGAAGAUGCAGAUAGGAUUGAUAUCAUUGGAUUAGUGAGAUUUUAAUCACAUAAAAUGCAAUCCAUUGAUAUCAGUCAUAUCUAUAAUGGAGUCGCUAAUGUAGUAUUGUUUUUUUUUCUUUUUCUUCGUGAAAGUAAUAAUUGAUUUAUCUGUGG